CUAUCGUCUUUACAGAUAACGUGCUUCGAGAUCAGAAUGCUUUUGAAAAUGUCGAGAUAAAAUAACAAGAUAUAAUAUCACCGAUUUCUAACUUACACUGCAUUUUAAUAUAACAAGUUAUAGUGAUAGGUAUGUUUAAAUAAAAAUGGAGUUAGUGUUAUUAGGAAUAUUCUUGUUGAUGUCAUUUGUGCAAAGUUUGGAUUUGAGAAUCGAUCCCUUAGUUUUCACUAGUCAAGGUUUGGUGCGAGGUCAAAAGGCUACUGAUGGCGACUACACAACGUUCCUUGGUAUACCCUAUGCAACCGUGGAUGAAAAUAAUCCUUUCGGUCCUGCCACACCACACACAGCUUUCGAUGAAAUAAUAUUCAGGGCAAAUGAUGGAUCAGCUAAAUGUCCACAAACUGACGCAUUGCCCUUAGCUAGGGAUAGUGACACACAAACAAUAGAUUGCCUCAAACUCAACAUCUACGUACCUAACGAGGCUUCGUCGUACAACCCGUUACCUGUGUUAGUAUGGAUUCAUGGUGGAGUGUUUGCCUUUGGUAGCGCUGGAGAAUAUAACCCUCGAAAAUUAGUUACACAAGGAGUUGUAGUAGUAACCAUAAACUACAGAUUAGGACCUUACGGUUUCAUGUGUUUAGAUGUUCCCACGGUACCAGGCAACCAAGGUCUGAAAGAUCAGUUCGAAGCAUUGCGAUGGAUUCGAAAUAAUAUCGGUUCAUUUGGUGGCAACCCUUACAAUGUCACAAUUGCAGGGCACAGCGCAGGAGCUUGCUCUGUUCUUCUGCACUUGUAUUCAUCUAAAGAGAAACUAUUCCAUAAAGUCAUAGUAGAAAGUGGCACCCCACAGAGUGAAGGUAUGUUUAUCAACGGUGAUGUAAAUGCUGCCAUAAAGUUGGCAGAAUAUUUGUUGUUUAAUACGACAGAUACAGAACAAGCAUUAGCGUUCUUAGCCAGCACUCCACAUAAGCUUGUCACUGCUGCUGCGAGUGCACUUGAUUUCGAUUUAAAGUUGAGACCUUGCAAGGAAAGGUCAUUUAGUGGCAUUGAGAAUUUAGUUGAAGACGAUCCGUAUUCAUUAUCUAACGUGAGAAAAAUUACAAACACUCCAGUCUUAAUUGGUCAUACGUCUAAAGAGGAAAAAAAUGCAAUCGCUUACAGAUCAAAUUAUUACGAUACUGAUCCAUUUUAUGACAAAAUAGUUAAUAAUUAUAAUUUGAAUAACGUAAUUGCUUCUAAAGUUUCAAGUAUGGUAAGACAUUAUUAUAUUGGGGAUAAAGAUAUUUCUGAAGAAGUAGCAUCGGAAUUAGAAGACUUUGAAUCUGAUUUCAUAUUCAAUCAUCCGAUGCAGAGAGUAAUUACUGAGUUGUUAAAUGAAAACGCAAAUCCAGUAUAUCAAUAUUUGUUCAGUUAUGUGGAUGGCUCUCAAGAAGAGGGAGCAGCUCAUUCAGCCGAAUUGAAAUAUCUAUUUGGCAUGCCCGACUUUAAUGAACUGACCGAAGAUGAGAAAUCAAUAUCUGACAGCAUGGUUACAAUGUGGACAAAUUUUGUGAAAUUUGGAAACCCUACACCUGCAGCUUCAGGAUUAGUGACAUGGAUCCCGAGCACCUCAGAAUCCAGACCCUACUUGGUCAUAGACAACAAUAUGCGAAUGGAGAGUAGGAUUUACAAGGAACGCAUGGCGUUCUGGGACUUAUUCCACGAAAAUUAUGGAUCUACCAAUGUCCUUGCGAGAGUGUGCAAGGUCUAAUUUUAGAUGUAAUAUCAACAUCUCGUCAUAAUUAUAAUUAAAAAAUUAUUUAUUCAAACAAAAUUUGUUUAACUUAAACAAUUAAAAGUAUUUCAAAACUUUUGAAGUAUAUUCAUCAUAAUUAGUGUUCGUCAAAUGCAUAAUUGAAAA